AUGGAGGACAUCAAGGGUGACAAAAACCACACAUACCCGCCCACGGAACAGGACGAUGCUUCCUCAGCCACGAACAAGAGCUCGGAUGGCGAGAAGGAGGAGACGGAGAAGAGCGAGCACAUGCGCCUCCGCGACAUGAAGGGGCAAUACAGCUACCACAAGAGGGUGCACUGGUGGCAACUCUGGCGGCCAUCCAAGCCGCCUCGUCCACCGCCCGAGUCGUUCGCGGAUGCUCCAGAAAUCCCUCUGGCCGUGGCAAACUUUCUCUCCAUUCUGACCUUCCAUUGGGUCUCGCCCCUCAUGCGGUUGGGCUACCAGCGGCCCUUACAGGCGACCGACCUAUGGCGCGUCGAUCCAACACGCGAGGCCGAUUACAUGUCAAACAAGUUUCUUGCGAACCUCGAGAAACGACAGGUCAAGGCGAAGGCAUGGAACGCGGCACUGCCGACAGCCAAGCCACCAUUGCGCAAGCGCGUGCGCUGGGCCGCCAAGGCGCUCCGCCCACUCCCAGAGGAGGUGAAGCCACACGCGAAGGGGUCCGGCUACGGCGCGAAGCGCGCUGCGUUUGAGGCCGAGUGGCGCGCCGAGAGUGGGCAGAAGCACGGCUCGAUUGCCGGCGCGCUCAACGAGGCUUUCCCAAAGUACUGGCUCGGCGGCUUGUUCAAGGUCGUCGCGGACCAGGCGCAGCUCAUGGCACCGCUCCUCAUCAAGGAGAUCAUCCGCUUCUCGCAGGCGACAUACGCCGCCAACCGCGGCGACGGGGACAAGCCGUACAUCGGGCGCGGGAUUGGGCUGGCGUUCGGCCUUCUCCUCCUCAGCAUGCUGCAGAGCGUGUGCCAGCACCAGUUCUUCUUCCGAUCCAUGACGCACGGCGCGCUCUUCCGAGCCUCUCUCAUCAGCGCGACGUACAAACGCGCACUUACACUCAGCGUGGGCGCCCGCCGCGCCCACUCUAACGGAACGCUGAUGGCGUAUCUCUCCAGCGACAUCAGCCGGGUUGACUACUGUGCACACUGGUUCCACGCCAUCUGGACGGCCCCCAUCCAGCUUGCGGUCACGCUCAUCUUGCUGUGUCUUCAGAUUGGGCCGAGCGCGAUCGUCGGCUUCGUCGUUUUCGUCAUCCUCGCACCUGUUCAGACAUAUUUUAUGCGCACAAGUUUCAAGGUCCGUAAGGGAUCUAUGAAAUGGACAGAUGGGCGCUCAAAGCUCCUCUCCGAGCUGCUUGCCAGUAUGCAGAUUAUCAAGGUGUUUUGCUACGAGCUGCCGUUCCUCAAGCGUUUGAAAUUCGUGCGUGGACAGGAGAUGACGGCGGUACGAAAGCUUCUGAUCAUCCGCGCUGCAAACCAGGCGCUCGCAUACAGCGUGCCGGUCCUCGCGGCCGUGCUGUCUUUUAUCACGUACUCAAGCACCCAUGAUCGCAUGGACCCCGCGCUAAUAUUCACCUCGCUCGCGUACUUCAAUCUUCUCCGACAGCCGCUCAUGUUCUUGCCUCGCGGACUGUCGACGCUUGCGGACGCACAAGCCGCCGUGCUCCGACUCGAGAGCCUUUUCGAGGCGCCGCUCAUGGACGAGAAGGAGCUGAUCAAUCUCGAGCUGGACGUCGCGAUCCGCGCUAAAAAUGCCACGUUCCAGUGGGCGACCGUGAAGGAGCAAGAAACGGUCGACGAGACGAGCGGCGGAGGCCGGGGCGGUCGUGGUGGUGGAAGAGGUGGCCGCGGUGGCCGUGGCGGUCGCGGUGGCAGAAGCGGGAGGGGGAGAGGAAAACAGUCCAGGGAGCCGAAAACCGAGGAAAAGAAGAACGAGAAGGAAGAGGAGCCAUUCAUGGUGCAAAACCUCAACCUCGAAAUCCCCCGGGGCAAGCUUGUCGCCAUAGUCGGGCCUGUCGGCGCCGGCAAGUCUAGUAUCCUCCAAGGCCUCAUCGGUGAGAUGCGGUACAUUUCGGGGUCGGCCGAGUUUGGUGGCCGUCUCGGCUACUGCCAGCAGACUGCGUGGAUCCAGAAUGCAACUCUUCGCGACAACGUGCUUUUCGGGCAGCGCUGGGACGAGGCCCGUUACUGGGAGUGCGUCCGUCGCGCAUGCCUACUUCCCGACCUCGAGAUCUUGCCAGAUGGCGACCUUACGGAAAUCGGCGAAAAGGGCGUUAAUCUCUCAGGCGGGCAGAAGCAACGCGUCAACAUCGCGCGCGCACUGUAUUUCGAUGCGGAGAUCGUGCUGUUCGACGACCCGCUGAGCGCAGUGGACGCACACGUUGGACGAAUGCUGUUCAACGACGCAAUCAUGGGCCUACGUGCCACCGGCAAGACUGUCGUUCUCGUUACCCACGCGCUGCACUUCCUCCCACAGGUCGACUACGUGUACACCAUCCAGCAGGGACACAUCGUGGAGGAGGGGACGUACGAGGCGUUGAUGGCGAGCGAGGGCGCGUUCCGGCGCCUUAUGAAUGAGUUUGGCGGCUCAGCCAAGCGAGAGGAAGAGGACGGGCGUGAGGAGGAGGCGAUCGAGAACAGCCAGGCGGAUACCGCCGACGCGGCCGUCAAGGCGCAGGAGAAGGCCAUCUCCAGCAAGGCGGCAGGCACGGGUAAGCUUGAGGGCCGCCUGAUGACGUCCGAGGUUCGCAAGACUGGUCGCGUCGGCGGCAAGAUCUACGGCGCGUACUUGCGAGCAGGGAAUGCGAUUUACACGCUCCCGCUGUCGCUGCUUUUUGCGGCGGCAAUGCAGGCCGGCAGCGUGUUGUCGACCGUCUGGCUGACAUGGUGGGAGGCCGACACCUUCGGUAAGCCCAACGGCUUUUACCAGGGCAUGUACGCGAUGCUGGGGCUCGCGUCGACGGUGUUCAUUUUCGCCCUUGGCGUUUCGAUGGGCGUUAUGGCCUACUUUGCAAGCAGGAACCUGUAUGGCGGGGCGGUGCGCAACGUCUUCUUCGCCCCGAUGAGUUUCUUCGACACGCAGCCGCUCGGUCGCAUCAUGGGCGUGUUUGGCAAAGACAUUGACAUCGUGGACAACCAGCUCCCCGAUUCACUGCGGAUGCAGGUCUUCACGCUCCUCUCACUCAUCGGCUCCGUCGUCAUCAUCACUGUCUACUUCCACUACUUUAUUGGUAUCAUUUUCGCGGUCGGCGUUGGGUACUGGUACUUCGCGCAGUUCUACCGCACCAGCGCACGCGAAGUCAAGCGCCUCGACUCGAUGCUCCGCUCUCUCCUCUACAGCCACUUCUCCGAGAGCCUGUCGGGGCUCGCCACAAUCCGCGCGUACGGCGAGACUGAACGCUUCAUCCGCGACAAUUGCUAUUACAUGGAUCUCGAGGAUCGGGCGUACCUCCUAACGUCGAGUAACCAGCGCUGGCUGGCGGUGCGCCUCGACUUCCUCGGCGCACUGCUCGUGUUUAUUGUCGCCAUAAUGAGCGUCGUUGGCGGGACGGGACUUAGCGCGUCCCAGAUCGCACUCUGCCUUACGUACAUGACGCAGAUCACCCAGAUUCUGGGUAUGGUGACUAGGCAGAGUGCCGAGGUCGAGAACAACAUGAAUGCCGUGGAGCGGAUUCAGCACUACGCCGGGCGCGGCAUUCCGCAAGAGGCGGCGUAUGAACUCCCCGACGAGCCGGGGCCUGAGUGGCCUGCGCGUGGCUCCAUCGCAUUCGAAGACGUUGUCAUGUCCUACCGCAAGGGCCUGCCACCAGUGCUCAAGGGCAUAUCGGCGCACAUCGAGCACGGCGAGAAAAUCGGCAUCAUCGGGCGCACAGGCGCAGGAAAGACAUCCAUCACUGUGGCGCUGUUCCGCCUCGCCGAGCCGACGUCAGGGCGCGUCACCGUCGACGGCGUAGACGUGAGCACAAUCGGCCUGAAGCGCCUGCGCUCGGCAAUCGCCAUCAUUCCUCAGGAUCCCGUGCUGUUUAGCGGCACGCUACGGACCAACCUUGAUCCCUUUGACGAGCAUUCCGACGCUGAGCUGUACGAUGCCAUGGGUCGCGCUUGUCUCCUCGAGGAGGAAGGAGGCAAGCGGUUCGCGCUCGACAUGGUGAUCGACGACGAGGGGGCCAACCUCUCGAUCGGGGAGCGCUCGCUCGUGUCGCUCGCCCGGGCGCUGGUCAAGGACGCGCGCAUUGUUGUGCUUGACGAGGCCACGGCCGCCGUGGACCUCGAGACGGACGCAAAGAUCCAGCAGACGAUCCGGCGCGAGUUCGCGCACAAAACGCUCCUCUGCAUCGCGCAUCGGCUGCGCACCAUCAUCUCGUGGGACCGCAUCCUCGUCAUGGAUGCGGGCGAGAUUGCCGACUUUGACACACCGCUCGCUCUGUGGGACAAGGGCGGACAUUUCCGAAGCAUGUGUGAGCGCUCGAACAUCACACGAGAGGAGAUUGAGAGGGCGCGUCAAGAAGAGAAAUCCAGUUAG